GGGUAUGACUGGGCUUUAGCCAGAAACCUGUGGUCUUCAAAUGAAAAGCCUUCGGGAACCCAGGAGUUCUUAGCUUGUGCCUCUUUCUUUUUGAGAAGGAUCCCAGGAGCCAAGCUGAUAGCACCCACAACACAGAAGAGGCAGGAGGGAUGAGCCAGAAGAAGGCUCAGCCUUCUUCCACAUAUCUCCACAUCCCACACCUGGAAGAACUCCAGGAACAUGAUGCAUUGCUCUAGGAUGGGGUCUAAGGGGCUGGGGUAUGUGAGUGUAGGGAUGUCCUAGGGUGCUCCUUCUUCAUAUUAAGAGAAGUUAUCCCAGAGCCCUAGGUUUUGAGGUGCCCAAUUAGGCACAAUGUGUCUCACCUCUCUCUUGUCAGAGGCAGGUAGAGAUGGCUCUUCCUGGGGUAGGAUUGGUGGGGGAAGGAGACCUAGAAUGUCCCAGUUUCCUUGCCUGCCUUGUAGAAUUGAAUAAGAAACUGCCAAUAGUUUACUUGGGUAACUAGCUGUUCCUGCUGAAGCACUGGUGCCUCAGAGAGAGGGAGAGGAGCCUUCCCAGGGGCUGGCAUCAGUUCCUAGUGGACCCAGUUUAGAAGAAAGACACUUAAAGAGAAGCAGUGAAGACAGUAGGUGCUCCUGAAGACAGUAGGUGCUCCCACCAAGGGCAGCUGGAAACGAGUCUGCUUUUUCCUAUCCUCCUGACUCAUCUCCCUCCCCCCCCCCCCUUUGUACUGAAUAGCAUUCCAGGUCUAACCGGGUCCCAGAGGCACCAAGAAAGGCACACCCGGCUACCUGUGGGAAUGUCAGACUUGCUUUGCAGCCCAGCCUGGGAUGAUGUCUGUGCCCUGGGCCAAAAGAACCCUAGCCACCUAAGGUGGGGGCGGGGGGAGGCGGGGUGGGGCUGUUUCUAUGGCCUUCGGUUGAGGGGCGCAGGCCGCUCCCUGAGUGGAGCAAGUCUAGACCAACCAGGCGGUGGCUGCAGCGACCUCUUUCCCCGCAAUACCGGCGGGCAGCGGCGGUACAGGCGGAGGAGGAAGAAGAGGAAAAGGCAGAGAGACGGAGAGAGAGAGGGAAAGAGGGAGAGAAGGAGGGGCCCUGCCCGCCAGCCAAUACGCCGGGCGCUGCUGCCCGUCGAGCCACGUGUGCCCGCCGCCCCGGGUGGGUAUGAAUGGGAAGCCGGGGCCGCGCCUAGGGACUGGCCACCAUUUCCCCUGGCGCAGAGGCAGAGAGACAAGGGGAGCAGCUGGCCUGGGGGCUCCGAUACUCUCUUCCCUCCCUCUAUUCCUCCCUCUCCCCUGGCACCCCUCUACUUCCAUCCAUAGCCCUCAUUUGCCUUUUGCCAGUCCUGGUCCCUUCUGGCCCCUUCUGUCCAGCUGCGCCCCGCCGGCUGGGAGCAGGCGCCUCCCUCAGUGGCGCGCCUGGAGAGCUUCGGGGACAGCGACAGUGGGCUGGCUCGCGGCUGCCCUCCAUCCCGCCGGCCCAGAGCUGGCCCGCCACUGCGUGGGGCUGCUCCUGCUGUCAACUUCGCGCCCGCCGGGGGCCCGGCUUCUCCCCCCAUAUUACUCUGCCACUUUGGAGACCGGCGCUUUGGCCCUUUCGGAAGCCAACCCCGUGCCCCCAGGGAGGGAACGGAGGACCCGCGGGAAAGCCAACGGGCCAGCAGAUCUGGCUCUGGACCACUCCCAGUGAGCCAGCUCCCCUAGACCUUUUCUCGUGCCUCGGAUCCUGUCCUCUGCCCCGGGCUUCGGAGAACAGCCCCAUCCCCAGCCGGGGUGGAGAAAGGGGCUUGGGGAGGGGGGCUUUCGGGAAGAAGAAAGGGGUGGAAACCUUUUAAGGGGGAGUGAUCUCCAUCCUGAACCUGCAGGACUCCCUCCCUCCCAGAGCCGUCGACAUCUCCACUUUCUCCGGACGCUCCCUGUUCUGCGCCCCCUCGUUUCCUUAAGCCAAUCUACUAGCGAACUCCCGGGGAGAACCAAGUGCUAGCCGGAGCGAAGAUGAACCCAGGUUCGGAGCAAGGAGCUCCGGCCGCCCUAGGGGUGGUCACCGCCACCUGCGUCUCCAAGGUGGAGCUCCGGCUCAGCUGCCGGCAUCUGCUGGACCGGGACCCGCUCAACAAGUCGGACCCCAGCGUGGUGUUGCUUAUGCAGUCCCAGGGCCAGUGGGUGGAGGUGGACAGGACAGAAGUAAUCAAGAGCAGUCUACACCCGGUGUUCUCCAAGGUCUUCACAUUGGAUUACUACUUUGAGGAAGUACAGAAGCUCCGUUUUGAGGCGUACGACAUUCAUGGACACUGCAGCAUUGGCUCGCAGGAUGAUGACUUCCUGGGAGGAAUGGAGUGUACUCUGGGGCAGAUUGUGGCCCAAAAGAAGAUGACUAGAGCUCUGCUCCUUAAAAAUGGCAAGCAUGCUGGCAAGUCCACCAUCACGGUGAUAGCAGAGGAGAUCUCUGGGAACAAUGGAUAUGUGGAACUCUCCUUUCGGGCCAAGAAGCUCGAUGACAAGGAUCUCUUUAGCAAAUCAGAUCCUUUCCUGGAGAUCUACCGAAUCAACGAUGAUCAGAGUGAGCAACUGGUAUACCGGACAGAGGUCGUGAAGAAUAACCUGAAUCCUGUGUGGGAGACAUUCAAGGUUUCCCUGAACUCUCUUUGUAGCUGUGAGGAGAAGAGGCCUCUUAAGUGUCUGGUUUGGGACUACGAUUCUCGGGGGAAACACGACUUCAUUGGCGAGUUCUCUACCACUUUUAUGGAAAUGCAGAAGGCGAUUGAGGAGGACAAGGUCCAAUGGGACUGCGUGAAUCCCAAGUACAAAACUAAGAAACGGAAUUAUAAGAACUCAGGGGUGGUCAUCCUAUCAGACCUGAAGAUCCACAGGGUCUACUCCUUCCUGGAUUACAUUAUGGGUGGAUGCCAGAUUCAUUUCACUGUGGCCAUUGACUUUACAGCUUCCAAUGGAGAUCCCCGCAAUAGUUGCUCUCUCCAUUAUAUCAACCCUUACCAACCCAAUGAGUACCUGAAGGCACUCAUUGCUGUGGGAGAAAUUUGCCAGGACUAUGACAGUGACAAGAAAUUUUCUGCUCUGGGAUUUGGUGCCCGGAUUCCUCCCAAGUAUGAGGUUUCCCAUGACUUUGCCAUUAAUUUCAACCCAGAUGAUGAUGAGUGUGAAGGGAUCCAGGGAGUGGUGGAAUCGUAUCAGAAUUGCCUACCCAAGAUCCAACUCUAUGGCCCUACCAAUGUGGCACCCAUCAUUGCCAAGGUGGCCAGGAUGGCAGCCGCUGAGGAGAGAACUGGAGAGGCUUCUCAAUACUACAUUCUCCUGAUCCUGACUGAUGGUGUGGUGACUGAUAUGGCAGACACCAGGGAGGCCAUUGUACGUGCCUCUUACUUGCCCAUGUCCAUCAUCAUAGUGGGCGUGGGCAAUGCUGACUUCACAGACAUGCAGAUUCUGGAUGGGGAUGAUGGGGUCCUGCGUUCCCCCAAGGGAGAGCCUGUCCUCCGAGACAUUGUGCAGUUUGUCCCCUUCCGUGAAUUCAAGAAUGCUUCUGCAACAGCCCUGGCCAAGUGUGUCCUAGCUGAGGUGCCCAAGCAGGUGGUUGAAUACUAUAGCCACAAAGAGCUUCCUCCUCGCUGUCCCAAUAUGGACUCCCCUGAUGCCAGCCCUGGCCCUCCACAGUGAAGAGGUGCCAUCAGCCUCCAGCCAGCCACUACCCUUUCACUUUUCCUUCCCAUGCUGAGUCUGAAGGUUGGGAGGGAGACAGAAUGGGUCACGGAGGUGGGAGACAGAAGGAGAUGUCUGUUUCCAUCACCUCCCAGAACCUCUCAGAUUGUCUUCCCCUUCCCCCAGUGCUCACAUCAGACUCUCCCCACCCCUUCCCUUCUUCUCCCCCAACAUCUUGUGUUUCCAUGGUGACUUGUUCUAGAGAGGUCCGGACCAGGGGCCAUAGCAUGUGAAAAAAGGGAUAACAAGGAGGGGGGGAAUCCUGGCUUCUCCUGAUCCAACCCCAGUGAGAACCAGAGUCCAGGCAAUAAAUGCUGGGUCUCCCCUCUCUCUCUGCUCCAGAAAGGCACAGAGUGUGGGAGAAGAUUCCAUGUUGGGGAGGAGAUGGGAUUUUUGGAGAUUCAAAGAGCAGACAGAGUGAUUCUCUCUUCCUUUCAGAAUAGUCUGAGAGUAGCCCUUUCCUACCUGAACCCCAUAUUCCUAUCUUAAAUGUCCUCCCUUUGUGAUAAUGGUGUGAGAGUAGAGACCAAGUCCCAGGGUGAUACUCCCUCCUCAAGCUUCUGGGGAGGUCACAUUGACCUGGUUUGGUCUCCUUUGGCUUAGCUUAUCUGAAUUUCUCUUUUUGUCCUUCAUCAGUGGGCUCAGAAAUGGAGAGGGAAUGGGAGAAAUUAAUUUGCAGGCCUGGUGGAUGGUUCUAGACAGAAGGAGUUAGGUAAAGUCAGUGACUCUAGUCUUUGCUGUUCAGAAAAGACAAUUACCUUCCUGUUCUAUCUCAAAAUAAUUUCCAAGUUAAGGUGGGAAAUAGGGAAAGACUUUGGAAUUUAUCUUCCUUCCCCUCCAAGGAAACAGGCCUCUUGUACCCAGGCGGCUUUCCUCUCUCUCAGAUCUGUAAUUAGCAAUUUUCUUUUAUUUUUGAACUGGGGACAAUUGGCACAGGGAGGAGUAAGGGGAUGCUCAUCUGGUUUAUGGCCACUGAGGAGAGGAAGAACUACUUGGGAUAGCACAGAAUUUUUAAGCUGUCAAAGGAAGAGGAAAUAAACCCAGUGAGGAGGCCACCAUUUCUAGGGACAGAUCAGUCCAAGGAAGAUUUCCUUUACUAAUCCUUUCACCCUUCCCUCUACUUUGCAAAGCCCUUGACUGUUAGGGGUGGGAAGGGUGGACAGGAAGUGUUCUCUGGGCUAGUGCUGAUGGUGAGGAGGAAGUUUACCCUUUAGUGGUGCAGUUGGCACCCCCUAAAUUUUCUACCUUUGGGUCAAAGGCUUUGCCCUAGUGCUCCCCUUCCUUCCCCAAUUAUGGCUCUGUUGGUUACUUUCUCCUUUUGUCAAGCUCACAGAAUUGUUUCUCCAGCUGUGGCUACUCCUGAACCCCAAGAAUUUAAGGGUGAAAAUGGUCAAAUUGCACCAGGGGGUCUACCUUUACUUCCUUAUUAUCUUCUCUACUGGCUCCCACUUAGCAAAGUUCCCUCCCCAUCUGGGCACCUGCUUCUCUCUUAUUGGGGGGCCACCAAGAUCAGAACCCUUGUCAUUACUGAGUUGGGCCCAAGGGACUAUCUAGUUAUAGGUAAGGUGAAGUGGAAUGGAAUAGGAUAGAGCUGCUUUGCUUAGAGGUGCGCAGCCCCCAUCCCACGCACCCCCAUCCCCCCAAUCCUUAGAGCUGUCAGGCCAAUGGAUAGGAAAUGAGGUUCAAAUCCCUCUCUCAGCAAUAUGCAUGAUGAAAAAAACCCCAGAAACCGAGAAACUCCCCAGGUCUGUGGUUUGUUUACUUUUCAAUCUCCAUGUUCUUAUGAGCUCCCCUCUGCCCCUCCAUGUGGUGUCUGCUUGUAUCUCUUCUCAGUGAUGUCCUCUCAAGGGCUGCAGGAGGGGGAGGAGGGGAAUGGGGAGGAUGCAGAGGGAAAGAGUAACCUAAUAAAGAGUGUCCUUUCCUUGCUGCA